UGCGGAAUCUAUUAUUAAAAAUAACUUGGAUACUUUAUUCACAAACAGUAAGAAAAAAAGAAUUAAUUUACAAAAAAAGUAGUUUUUACUGAACAUUCAUUCUAUUGAAGUAUUUAAAAGUCACUUACUUGCUUUUUUAUUACCAAUUAACUAAAAAUAUUUUACAGAAUUUUUAAAACAAUUAAUUAACACAAAAUUUGUUUAUAAAUUUUUAGCGACUCCGGAAAUAGUCAAUUUUUGUGAGAUCUUGUUAGCUUGUGCUAAAAAAGCCUUAAAUCAAAAUGACAGAGUACAGACAUCUAUAAUAGGCAAUGACUUUAAAGGAUCUAAUAUGACGCAGUUGUUUGAAGGAUCGAAUACUCUGAUUGAUAAAAAUAAACUAUUUUUAUUAAAGCGAUUCAAAAAGAAUCCAAGGGAAUUAACUCGUCAACUUAUGCUUGAAUUAGUAGGAUCAGAAAAACUCAAAACUAUGACGGCACUCGGGAAAAAAGGGAACGGAAUUCCCGAAAAUAUAAGGAUUGAUGUUUUCAAAUACGUACAAGCAAGAAAUAAAGAUUUCACUGAAUUCGAAUUUAUAACUGUCUUGAAUUACCAAUGUGGAACUUUGAGAAACCCUAAAACUUCGAAAAAUGAAAAAGAUAAUUCAGGAACAAAGAAAAAAUAAAAGGAAUUAAUAGCGUCGCAGAAAAAGUUAGGGAGCACGAAAAAAGUAAUACGGGUGAAAAAGACAUUGAGAAUGAAAUGGAGGGACAAUGUAAAAAGGACAGUGAGGAUUCAGUGGUUAUUAAUAAUGAAGAGGUCAGUAAGCAUUCUGAGGAUAGUGAUGGUGACGGUGAAGAGGACACUGAACGAACGAAGGAUGCUGAUGAAGAAAACGAUGGUGAUCAAGAAGAGGAACAGAAUAGCGAACAAGAAGAGGAAAGUGAGUCCGACGAGAUUACUGAAAAUGAAGAGGACGGAGAACAGGACAGUGAAAAAGAAGAGGAUGAUGACUAUGCAGGGAAUAGUGAAUUUGAAAAAGAUAGCGAUCAUGAAGAACCGCAUCAGAAAAAAAGAAAAUUCUUUUAAAAAAUUUAUGAGACCAGUUUAAUAUUAACGAAACAUAUAUUGUUUUAAAACUUAUAUUACAAUUCCUAUUUGAUUUUUUUCAUUUUGGCUUC